AGUCAUCUUCGUCUCAUCAUACGCUUAAACUUCCUACUUCAAUUCAACACUUUCGACUUUAUUUAUCUGCAGGAUGUGCAGCAGCUGGAGCGAUGAUGAUAGGAUAUGAUUCAGCUUUUAUAGGUGGAACGAUCGCUUUACCAUCCUUUAAGGCUGAUUUUGGAUUAGAUCGAAUCACUCAAGACCAAUUUAAUUUGAUAUCAGCAAAUAUAGUUUCAUUUUAUCAAAUGGGUUGUUUCCUUGGAGCUUUGUUUGCUUAUCCAUUAGGCCAUUUCUAUGGUCGUCGAAAAAGUUUAUUAAUCUCAGUUUUAAUCUUUUUGAUCGGUGCAAUCUUCAUGACCAUCUCAAAUCGAUCAAAUGGUCUUUCAUUGAUUUAUGUGGGUAGAGUCUUCACGGGCUUUGGAAUCGGAAUCGUUUCUAGUAUCACACCGAUUUAUAUUGCUGAGAUUUCGAUUCCUAGUAUCAGAGGUAGAUUAAUUGGUCUUUAUGAACUGGGUUGGCAAAUUGGUGGGAUCAUUGGUUUUUGGAUUAAUUAUGGUGUAUCUCAAAACCCUAGAAUCAAAUCUCAACAACAAUAUUUAAUUCCAUUUGCCAUUCAACUUUUACCUGCUGGAAUUUGUUUGAUUGGUUUGAUCAGUUAUCUUAAAGAAUCACCUAGAUGGCUUUUGUCUCGUGGAAGAAAGGAUGAAGCUUUAAAUUCACUUUGUUGGAUCAGAAAUUCAAUUCAAGAUGAUCCUUUAAUUCAAAAUGAAUUUAGUAUUAUGGAAUCUUCACUUGAAAAACAGAAUGAACAACUUGGGAAUUCAUUCUGGGCUCCAUUUGAAAAAUUAUUAUUUCAUAGACCUUUAUUAACCAGAUUAAUGAUUGCUGGAUCUUUAUUCAUCUUUCAAAAUGGAACUGGUAUCAAUGCCAUCAAUUAUUAUUCUCCUACAGUCUUUGCUUCAAUAGGUGUUACUGGAACUUCUUCUGCUUUACUCUCAACCGGAGUCUUUGGUGCAAUCAAAACGAUAGCUACCUUAUUUUGGUUAUUUUUCUUAGCUGAUGCGAUCGAUCGAACAACCAUGUUAAUGUUUGGUGCCUUUUUUGGUGGGUUAAUGAUGUAUGGACUUGGAGCUUAUAUUGCAAUUGUCAAACCUACUGAGAAUCCUAGUUUAGAUGGUCUUAGACCUUCUGGAAAAGGUGCAUUAGCUAUGUUUUAUCUUUGGACUGUCUUUUAUUCUCCUACUUGGAAUCCAACACCUUGGGUUUGGGCAGCUGAGGCUUUUCCAAUGCAUGUUAGAACCUUAUCACAAUCUUUUGUUGCUUCAAGUAAUUGGUUAUUCAAUUUUCUAAUUGCUAGAUUCACACCUCAAAUGUUUACAAGCAUGGGAUAUGGAGUUUAUAUUUUCUUUGCAAGUUUUAUGAUGAUUUCGAUUCCAUUUGUUUGGUUUAUUGUACCUGAAUUAAGAGGGAUCCCAUUAGAGAUGAUAGAUGAAGUUUUUGAAAAUUGGAAUCCUAGAAAAGGUAAACGGUUUAAUCAAACUUCAUUUCAACUUGUUCAACAUUCAAGUUUAAAAAUCGAUCAAAUUCAACAAAUCGAUCAUGAUCAAGAUUAA